CUUUUAGCUUUAGCUUUAGAAACAGGCCCUCAAAUGGCGGUGCCGCUGCUGCUUCUCACGGCCUAGAAGAAGUUGUUCUUCUCCUUUCAUUUCCUCAGAACCUAAAAUAUUCUAAUUAUACGAUGCACACAGUACAACCUCAUUAUUUAUAGCACCGCCAAGAGAAAAAAAAAAAACUCCAGAGAGAGAGAAGUUGAAGGAAGAUUUUUGGUUAAUUCGUGAGUUGUAACCGUUUGAUCUUUGUCUCUCUAGCUGGAAUGCUGAGGCUCUUUAGGGUUUACCAGCUCUUCUUCACCGUCCUUCUCAUUGCCUGUGUCUUCCUCUCCUUCUUCGCAGAGUAGCAUGCUAUGCCUUUUUGUUUUCAGAGUCGGUUUCAAUCAUCGGACACUUGUGGUUGAUUGAGAUCUUGCCUUUUCUCAGCGAAGACAAAGAUGGCAGCUGAGCUUGUCAGUUCUGCAACAAGUGAGAAAUUGGCCGAAAUGGAUUGGGCGAAAAACAUUCAAAUCUGUGAAUUAGUUGCUCAUGAUCACAGACAAGCUAGAGAUGUUAUUAAAGCCAUCAAAAAACGACUGGGGAGUAAACACCCAAAUACUCAGCUGUAUGCCGUUACGCUGCUGGAGAUGUUGAUGAACAAUAUUGGAGAACAUAUUCAUAAGCAGGUGCUUGAUACAGGGAUUCUCCCAAUUCUUGUGAAGAUAGUGAAGAAAAAGUCGGACUUGCCUGUAAGGGAGCGGAUAUUUCUUCUUCUAGAUGCCACACAGACAUCCCUUGGUGGUGCUGCUGGAAAGUUCCCCCAGUAUUAUGCUGCAUAUUAUGACUUGGUGAGUGCAGGAGUACAGUUUCCUCAAAGGCCUCUUGCUGUCCAAUCAAGUCAUCCUACGUCAGAAGCGAAUAAGAAUGAUUUACCUAAUGGGGAACUAGCCUCCUCUAGACAUGAAGAGUUUUCUCAGCAAGAAGAGCCUGAAAUUGUUCCUGAGUCUAGGCACUAUGAAGAACGAAUGUCAUGUGAAAGUCAUCGUAUUAUUCAGAAGGCCAGUAAUGCAUUGGAGGUUUUAAAGGAAGUCCUCGAUGCUGUUGAUACUCAACAUCCUGAGGGAGCAAAGGACGAGUUUACACUUGACCUUGUGGAACAGUGUUCGUUUCAAAAGCAAAAAGUAAUGCAUCUUGUGAUGACUUCUCGGGAUGAGAAGGUGGUUUCUCGAGCAAUUGAAUUAAAUGAGCAACUCCAGAGAGUUCUUGCAAGACAUGAUGCCCUCAUUUCAGGUAGGUCUACAUCAACUGCAAAUCAUUUAAGCGUUGAAGAAACAGAGGAGGAAGAGGAGGCCGAACAGCUUUUCCGAAGAUUACGGAAAGGAAAAGCUUGUGUGAGACCUGAAGAUGAAGAGCAGUCAGUGGAGCACCCCCACUUGGGGUUGCUUGGAUCGACCAUUCCAGCAGAAAGGCUCAACCGUCCACUUAUACGGCCAGUAAGUCUGGAGCCAUCAAACGAACGGAAUGUACAUCCUCCACCUGUUGCAAGGUCACCCCCACCAAGACUCGUUGAGAGGGAGCCUCCACCUAUUGCAAUUCCACUGCCACCUGCCAAACAAAAUGAGACGGAUCUUCCGCCUGUUGCAAUUCCACCGCCACCGGCAAAACAUAUUGAGAGGGAGAGAUUCUUUCAGGAAAAGAAGGAUGUUUCUGGUUUGAGUGGCCAUGUGAGAGGCCUCUCAUUAGACAGUCGUAAGACCGGUAGCUCACGCAGUGGAAGCACAGAUUUCAGUGACUGACUGAGCACUAAAAGGACCUUUUUAUUUUUAUUUUUUUUUUAAUUUUUAAUUUUAAUUUUUUUUUAUUUGUUGUUUUAUGAGUUUGUGCUUUUAGUUUAUAUGUUAGUGGUUUCCGAUUUGCUAGUGCUGAUGGGUGUUAUAGAAAGAUGUAGGAUACAAGUACUGAAGAUUUAUGAUACAUUUAACAUAUAAAGGGUUUUUGUAUCAUCUCUUGCU